AUGAGAAAAUGUACAGUGCAGGCAUUGCUACUGGCGCUUGCUUUCUUCCUUUUACUCAUCCUCCUAACACCAUCCAUUCCUCAGCCUCAGCGAUACCAUCAUUUUGCAGACAACCGCAAUUUCUUUGGCAUUCCCAAUGCUCUUAACGUGAUAUCAAAUUUGCCAUUUAUGGUGAUUGGCCUCAUUGGCCUUGUGCUUUGCCAUCGUAGGAACCAUUUUAACAUCAGUUUGGAAGGGGAACUAUGGGGUUGGAAAUGCUUUUAUGCUGGUGUGACUUCAGUUGCUUUUGGGUCUUCAUACUAUCAUCUUCACCCAGAUGAUGCAGGCCUUCUGUGGGACAGAAUUCCGAUGACUGUUGCUUUCGCCUCACUGAUGGCAAUCCUCAUCAUUGAAAGGAUUGAUGCAAAGAUGGGAACAAAUGCAAUUGUACCUUUGAUUAUGGUGGGCAUAAUGAGCAAUUUGUAUUGGAGGCAAGGCUAUUUCUUCAUUCCUUUUAUUUGCACUAUUAGGCUAGUACAAGAUCUGAAGUUCUUUGGUGACAUCCGUCUAUAUGUUCUAGCACAAAUUGCAUCAUGCAUUGCCAUACCUCUCAUGGCUACAUUAUUGCCUCCAAUGUACACGCAUUCAACAUAUUGGCUCUGGGCUUCAGGAUUUUAUCUUCUAGCAAUGCUCCAAGAAACUACAGACAGGGUGAUUUAUGUAUUGACUUUUCGUAUUGUCAGUGGUCACACACUUAAGCAUUUAUCUGCUGCAAUGGUUCCCAUCAUCCUAACAGUCAUGCUUGCAAAGAGAAGAGUUUACUUGGGGAAGCAUUUGCAUGUAUGCACCCUUAGCUUUAUCCAAUACAAAGUUUAA